UACACCCUUCACAAACCCUCCGACACAAAUAUCUAAACUCAUGCAACUCCCCAUGAGCGGUCUACCUCCCAAACCAGAAGUCAGCAGAACAGCAAAUAGCUGGCCUGAGCCUACAGAUGACAGGCGAUAUGUAGGCAGGCCAGUGCCAAUGGCCGCACCUGACCAUUACCGUCCGCGACGCGAUGAUAGAGACCGCGACCGUGAACGAGAACGAGACAGAGAUAGAGAUAGAAGUUAUCAUCCUCCCCGGUCACCAGCACCACGUUCACCUCGAGGAAGAGACACUUAUACUUCGCCUUCUCGAAAUGAUACCCACCGCGAGUACUACCACCGUGAUGAGCGCCCCAGAGAGAGAGGAUGGGAGCCUGACAGAAGGGUUUCGGAGCGUAGGGACGACAGGGCUUGGACGCGCGAUGAACAUUCAGGGAGGGGACGAGGGCGCGGAAGGGGUCAUUCAAAUGAACGCCGUCGGGAGCACUAUUCACCUACAAAGUCUUCUCGUCGUUCAUACUCACCUAGGCGAUACAGCAGGCCACCUUCUGAUGGCAGCGCUCAUCGGUAUUCAUCAAGAUCUCCGGUAAAGCACGAGUCGGGGCAUUCUCCCCAUCCACCUUCAGGGCCCCGAAGUCACUAUUCAGACCAUCGCGGCGAUAGGCGACGUGGGAGUCGGACUCCCAGUCCCCGUCCCUCAAGGCGCUCCUUGUCUCGAGAUGUCAAGCCUGCGCAUGAAGAGACGCGUCUCCCGGCUUCCCCAGCACACUCACAACGCUCGCUUCGCGCUCCAGAUGAGAAACCAGCCACCAAAUCUGCCUCUCCGUAUACGUACCGUUUAAAAGCCGAAUCAGUCAUUGAAGACGCACACACCGGUCGUUCUCCAGCAAUCAAUGCAGUUAAAACACCACCAACGCCAGGAUCUCCCGCUCUAUCAUUCAAACACUUGGAAGAACCUCCAGGUGAAAUGCCCAAACUCCCCACAGCGCCUUUCCUCCCCCCCUUUACGCGCCGCGAAACUCUGAAAGAACGCCUAGGCCAAAAAUACAAGGACGAGCUGACCCAAAUCGAAGCCAUCGAAGCCAGCCGUUCGCGCGCAGCAUCCGAACAAGUGCAAAUUUCCAAAGCCGUGCGACGAGCAAUGCACGAACUGGAAAUCACGAGUAUAGACCUCCGGGCUGCUCAGAUACGACGUGAGCAUGCGGAGAAUCAUCGGAGGAAAGCUGCGAGUGCGAAUGGGUUUUUUGAUUUUGAGGCAGAGUUUUCUGGAUCUACAGGUUGAGCCCUAGACCACUAUCACUAGCUAGAAGUUGUUUGUAACGUAACUGGAAGGCUACCGGGACGGAUGCUAAUAAUACUAACUGCCUGAUCAGGUUUGUUGGAGCGGUAUAGAGUCCUUGCUUCUACACCGUGGUGAGCUGCGUUGAUGUGGAGCGUACAUACCUUGAAGUAGAAAGUAUUUAUUUGGCAUGGGAUUUGACGUGUAAG